GUGGCUGUGGCUCUUCCUUCUGCUUAUAAGUUAUAACCUCAAAUCUCAAAAGUUCCCCUUUUCGUGAUUUAGGAUUUUAGGCCUCAAGUCUUUUGAUUCUAUCCCUUCAUCUUAAGAAGCACUGAAGAAAGCAAAGGAAAGAUUUAAUAGAAGAACUUAAUAGAUAGACGAAAAUGGAAGAGCUUAUGCAAGAUGUAGCCGAAUUAGAAUUGUUGCAAAAACAAGCAAAAAGGCAACGAAUAAAGAAUAUACUUACAGUAGAGCUAAACAGACAACAGGCGGAACUCGGCCGACUUCAAGCUGAAAUUCAAAACACUGAGAAAGUAACUAAGCCUGCAGUCAUCAAACGAUAUCAAGUAAAAUUGACGAACUACGCUUGGGAUCAAACAUCAAAGUUUGUUAAGUUUUAUGUUACGUUAAAAAACGUUCAAAACAUUCCUGCUGAAAAUAUUACUUGCAGUUUUACCGCGAAAAGUUUAGAAUUAAGCGUGAAAGACUUGGAAGGCAAAGAUUAUCUAUUUACAAUAAAUCAUCUUCUGAUGCAAAUUAAUCCCGCUGACAGUGUGUGGAGAGUUAAAUCUGAUACAAUAAUUAUUAAUGCGGCCAAGGUUGAACAAAAGAAUUGGGAGUUUGUCACGGAAAUUGAAAAACGUGCAAGCGAUGCAAAGAAAUUAUCAACCCCAAAUCCUGAUGCUUCAGCUGACCCUUCAGAGGGUUUAAUGAGUCUAAUGAAAAACAUGUACGAACAAGGGGACGAUGAGAUGAAGCGCACAAUCGCCAAAGCGAUGCAUGAGAGUCAGACCAAGAAAGGUGCAUUGUAAUUCAUUAUAUUGUCACCAUCUUAUAAUGUAUUAACUAGAUUAUAUUUCGAAUGAAAAUUAUUAUUACUCUUUACGUUGUAACAAUUUCUGUAAAUUUGCCCAAGUAUGUUGGGAAGUAAAUAAAUUUCAUAAUGUAAUAGUA